CAGUUGGACGAUAGGCUUUCAGCCUCAGCUCUGGCUCCGGAAAUGUUGCCAGUCAGCCCCCAGUGUUUCCAGCAUAUCCUGGCUUCCGGCCGUAAUAUAUCGGAAGCCAUAGACAUAUAGGAGGCUAUGGGUGGGCUGCAGCAGUGCUAGCAGAAAAAUUGCCAUUGUGCCCGUCGCCCCGCGAGCAACCGCGGCGGCAAGCUGCGCAAGCUCGCGCUUCCCCUAAACCCUAGCCUUACAGUUCUGUAGUUAGUAGAACAUCUCGUGAGCUGCCCUGUGACGUUGGGCACCACGGCGCGUUAACUAUUAGAAAGCAUCGGACCGGAGUUAUAGACAGAACUUCGCUCGAUGGAGGCCCCCGGGGCCUUGAACCUGUUUGGCGGCUUCCCCGACCACCUUGGGCCAGCUGACGCCAGCGGGCUGCUGGGUUUGGGCAGCGGCUCCGAAUUUGCGCUGCACGGGCUCACGCAGGAGCAGAAAGAUUUCUUUAGGCAGUAUACCGCCCAGGUAGAGCAGGACGCCCAGGCUCGGCAGGCGCUGCACGCAUUUGAGGCCGCGUGCUCUCAACAGCAGUCAUCCAUUGGAACGCCUACACAUGGAGGAUUGCUUGCCUCGAGCCAAAGCCUGUCGGCUGCGCCCCAGCCGCUUGCGCAGGCUUCCAAUGCAUCGCAGACGGGCUUCGCCAGUCACAGCGUUCCACACACGCCCCUCAAACAGUUUGACAGCUCCAUGGCUGGUCUUUCGGCGCUGAGCACGCCGACCAUCUCGACCGGCUCGCUGUCGCUGGGGGGCGCCCCCGGCAUGCACCACGCCGCAACCAGCAUCGACGCGUCGUCCGCGCUGCACAGCAGCUCGCCCAUGACGCCGCGGCAGCUGCUGGCGUCGGCAGAGCAGAUGGGGCUGCUUGGCCUGUCCUCGUCGCUGCUGAGCGUGCACGCACCGCCGCCCGGGCAGGGCGUCUCGGGCUCGUCGGCGCUGCCGCCUCCGCCUCCGCCCUCCACGCCCAACGCCAUGAUGGGCAUAGCCGGCGGCCCCGCGGCCGCGGGCACGCCCGGCAGCGGUGCCGGAGGCGCCGCCGCUGGCGCAGGUGGCAGCGGAGGCCCGCAGCAGGGCCAGCUGACGAUGGCGUUUGCCAGCGCUCUCGCGCAGGCGGCCACGGAGCGCGGCCUGGAUCCGGGCACGUUGGUGCAGCUGCUGCAGAACCCCAAGCUGGUGGACGUGCUGCUGACUAAGGCAGGCGACCUGCAGCAACAGGCGCAGCACCACGGCGCGCCGGGUCAGCAGGGAGCUGGUAUGUCGAUGCUGGGCCAGGUGCCGCCUCCGCCUCCUCCCCCGCCACCGCCACCCCCGCCCAAGCCGCCGGCGCUGCAGAGCCGCAUGUCGGCUCCGGUGCCUGGCGAGUGGCCACACCACGGCGGUCCAGGUGCCGCCGGAAUGCCGCACUUUCGGCCCCCACCACCACCGCCGCCGCCGCGGCCCUCGCAGGGCGCGGCCGCCGCCCCGUCCUUCGGCGGCGCGCCGCCGCCGCCCCCUCCCGGCGGCUCUUCUGGCGGCGCCAGCGGCGGCAGCGCGGGCGGCGGCUCGGGCGCCAGCAUGGGCGGCGGCCCUGGCGGUGGCGCCGGCGCCAGCGGCAGUAGCAGCGGCAGCCUGGACAACGUGUCGUCCAUGCAGCAGGUGCUCAGCAGCACGCUGGUGCAGGAGUUCGUGGCGCACCGCACGGGCCUGCUGCAGCUCAUGCUGUCCGCCUACUCGUUCCUCAACUCCGAGACCAUGCGCGACUUCUACGACAAGCUGAUGCCGGUGGCCAUGCUGUACGACGAGAUGCACGAGCUGCCGGUGGUGCAGAAGCGCAAGCGCUGCAUGGAGAUGUCCUUCCUGCGCAUGCAGCUGAUGCAGGACCCGGCGUUCACGCAGAUCCUGCAGGCCGUCUGCUCGCUGCGGCACCACCUGUACAGCCUGUCGCGCCGUGUGCUGGUGAUGAACCAGGGCCCCGAAGGCAUCCCCAUCGACCUGCUGCUGGGCUCCAUGUCCACCGAGCUGUUCCACGUGAUGAAGGCGGUGCUGCCGCAGGAGAUCUGCGACUACUUCGGCAACUGCCUGCCGCACCCGCGCCUGGCCGUGCUGGUGUUUGCCGAGUUCACCACCGUCGACCCCAUGCCCACGCUGUCGUAGAGCUGGUGGCGGGCGGGGCGGGGUGGGGCGGGGCGAGGCGUUCCGAGCCGAGGCGUGCAGGGCAAGCGCAGGGGCCAGGGCGAUGGGGCGCUUGGGAGGCGCUGUGAGAUGGCGCCGGUGGGGGGCAGAUGUGGAAUAUGGAAAAGGAGAGGGAGAACCAGAUGGUGCAGGCGGCGCGUGCGAGGUGGGCGUUCCGUGAGUCCACUUCGCGCAACUGUACAGAACGGGGCGGGGUGGAGCAUUGUCUUUGUGACGGGGGUUUUCAAAUCGACAGCCGCCGCGCGGUUGCCGCAUGCGGCUGUCCUUUGGUAGGCAGCCAGGCGCCGCACCCUGGGGGCUCUGUGGCGGCGCCGUCUGCCGCAGACUGACCGCAUUGUGGGGAGGAGUUGUAGCCGCGACGUGGGUGGUACCGACACCGACACACGCUGACACACCAACGUACUCACAUAUCACCAGCCUUUUGCGCCCCUUCACGGCCGCGCGGAAGCAGUGCGCGGCUGCCGGACAGCUCCGGUGCAGGGGUAGCUGUCACGUACGUACGUACGACCUGAUUCGUGCAACAUGCGGGAAGCAGGAUGGCGCUGCCGCACGACGUGUCGCUUUCACCGUCGUGCGGGUUCGCUGCCAAGAGGAUUAUUUUGCUUUGCUUGGGUAUCCCAUUCGCUAGAGACGCUGGGGGCCCUGCUAGGGUCCUUGCCAUUUGACAGGAUAGACGGGGUAAGCGAAGAUCCGGCCGGUGAUGGUUGAUUCAUGAUUUGGGGUCGCCGGCGGACUCGAGGGUGUAGUGGGUUCUCAAGCUUAAAGGGGCGUAGCACAACGUUCUGUCGGCGCCCGUUGGCCGGCAGUGAAAGGAGUAAUGGGAGGGUUUUUGCUAACAGAGUAGUAUAGGCAAGGGAUGCACCAACAGCCGCUCGACGCUUGCUCGCGGCUGGUGGUGCGCAUCCCUUAUUCGCUGGUAGGAUAGUGGGCUGUGAAUGCUGCGAAGGCCCGCGCCUGGCGCUGCGCCGAAGCGUGCGUGUUCUGGCUUGUGUGUGGCUUGCUGCUGAGAUGGAUGCUUGCCGCGGCAGGCGACUGUGGGGCCGCCGCCCUCUCGCGGCUCUGUAUGGUAGCGAUGUGGGUUGGCAGGAGUUGCUGCAGGUUUGUAGGGGACGUAGUGUAGUGGACGCCGGUACGAGCCCUGCUGCAUGCGCGCCUUGUGCACUGCAGUCAGCGGCGCCGGCGUCAAGCAAUGUGGGGCUAACGAUUGGGUGGUGUAUCUAUCUGACAAAGAAGUGAUUGAGGAGGCCGCUGCUGUCGCUGUCAGGGGGUGGAUACACACGCGUGACGGGUGGCAGCAGCGGCGGGGCAGGGCUCGGGGCGAGGUUGCGAUGGUGCCAAGGAGCGGCAGGCAGCAUGAUGAACGCACAUGGCUUGUGCGGUGCGACAUGUCGGACCUGGUGUGGAGGUAGAGAAGCGAAAGUCAAAGAGCUCGAGGCGCAUGGCCAAGGCGUAUUGUGGCGCCAGAUGGUCGAGAGGAGGUGCGACAAGUGGCAGGGCUCGAAGUGCUCACACAGUAGUGAAGUGGUGGCUGCGGGACCGCAGGAAGGGGCUAUGGAGGCGCUUGUCGCUUCCGCAGCUACCGCUGCAUCUUUCUGACACCACGGCUGUUGUGUGGCACAGGACGAGCGAGUGAAUAGUGCCGGCAAUCUGAUGGGUUGUUGGGCGGUGUUUGCCCUGCCAGGCAAAACAGUCAUUGCAGAUUUCUCAGACCCAAUUCUAUUCUUAUUGGUAUGCCGGGGCGUUGAUCAGAUUGUCCUGGAUGCCACUUUGGCGUGCAGGGAGUAUAGAGCAAAUUAUGCGCCGCUUUUGAUUCCGCGAUUGAUUCAACUCUAGAUCUGGGUGAGCCGUGGGCGGUGCUGGCGUCUGCGGCGGGCUCGCCCUGCCUGCACUGAUUGCUGGCGCGGUGAAGGGCACCCCUCCAUGGCGUGGUUGCAAGGCACUCGGAGUAUGCCGUGCUGGAUGUUGCAUGGUGGUAGAAACGGUGCCGCGGCGCGGAUGUGAGGCUUUGCAUAGUAGUCUAGCAGGGAAGAGGGGAUUGGUCCCUCCAUCCCAUGGCGAUGCACACUUAAAUAGACGCAGUCGCGGCGUGUGUGUGCGCGCUGCCCCGAGGCGGGUGCACGGCUGCGGAGAUGAUUCGCAGCGAUGCAGGGGUGGCUGGUUGCACCGCGCAGGACGACACGCUGAAACGCACAAGCAGGUGGCAAAAGUGGGGCGCUGAGCGCACCACACUGUAACAACGAAGCUUG